AGAACUUAAAAUCACAGUGUUUGUUAAAACUUAAAAAAACCUAAAUUGAUAAUUUUGUUUCCAUUCAGGUGAGGGAUCGCAUCUAUCACCUUCAAUCUCUUACAUAAUCUCUCUGCAACCGACCGAUUUGAAUUUCAAAAACCUUUCAAAUCUCACCUGAAACCUCACUCGAUCCGUCAUAAUUCUGCAUCAAAAACCUUGCGAUUUCUCGUGAUUGAUAAACAAUGGAGGCGGUUGAAGAACUCGCGCAGCUUGCGGAUUCGAUGCGGCAGGCUGCGGCUCUUCUUAACGAUGAAGAUGUUGAUGAAAACUCAUCGAAUUCUACUAAACGUUCUUCCACGUUUCUGAACGUUGUUGCGCUUGGAAAUACAAGUGCAGGUAAAUCAGCAGUGUUGAACAGUUUGAUUGGACAUCCUGCUUUGCCUACUGGUGAAGGUGGUGCAACUCGUGCACCAAUAUGCAUCGACUUACAGAGGGACGAAAAUUUAAGCAGCAAAUCAAUUGUACUGCAGAUUGAUAGUAAAUCCCAACCCGUGUCUGCAAGUGCUCUGCGUCACUCAUUACAGGACAGGCUUAGUAAAAUUUCAAGCAAAAGUCGUGAUGAAAUAUAUUUAAAGCUUAAAACAAGUACAGCUCCUCCUUUGAAACUAAUUGAUCUGCCUGGAGUUGACAAGGGAAAUCUUGAUGGCUCUUUAAGUGAGUAUGCUCAGCAUAAUGAUGCCGUUCUGCUGGUUGUAAUAUCUGCUGCUCAGGCACCCGAAGUUGCCUCUGCAAAAGCCCUCAGAAUAGCAAAGGAAUAUGAUGGAGAAUCAACAAGAACCAUUGGUGUCAUCAGUAAAACAGAUCAAGCCUCUUCAGAUCCCAGAAUUCUUGCUGCUGUUCAGGCACUUCUUUUGGGUCAAGGACCGCGAACUGCAGCAGAUAUCCCAUGGGUUGCUCUGAUUGGGCAAUCUGUUUCCAUUGCUUCAGCACAGUCGGGAAACAUGGGAUCUGAUAACUCACUAGAAACUGCUUGGCGAGCUGAGAGUGAGAGUUUAAAAUCUAUGUUGACGGGAGCCCCUCAGAACAAGCUUGGUAGAUUAGCCUUGGUGGAGACCCUCGCUCAACAAAUUCGUAGCCGAAUGAAAAUUAGGCUUCCAAGUCUUUUAUCGGGGCUUCAGGGUAAGUCGCAAAUUGUACAAGAUGAAUUAGUUAGGCUUGGGGAAUCAAUGGUCACCAGUUCCGAAGGUACAAGAGCUUUGGCUUUGGAGCUUUGCCGCGAAUUUGAGGACAAAUUUCUUCAGCAUAUUAUGACUGGGGAGGGUAGUGGCUGGAAAGUUGUUGCCAGUUUUGAGGGUAAUUUUCCUAAUAGGAUCAAACAGCUUCCGCUUGACAGACAUUUUGACCUACAAAACGUGAAAAGGAUUGUUUUAGAAGCCGAUGGUUAUCAACCAUACCUUAUAUCUCCAGAGAAAGGGUUGCGGUCUUUAAUAAAAGGUGUAUUGGAGCUGGCAAAGGAGCCAUCACGUCUCUGUGUUGAUGAGGUUCAUCGUGUACUUGCUGACAUAGUUUCAGCAGCAGCUAAUGCUACACCAGGACUGGGCAGAUAUCCACCAUUUAAGCGGGAGGUAGUGGCAAUUGCCACUGCUGCUUUGGAGGGGUUUAAAAAUGAUGCAAAGACCAUGGUAACUGCACUUGUUGAUAUGGAGCGAGUGUUUGUUCCGCCGCAACAUUUCAUUCGUUUGGUACAGAGAAGGAUGGAAAGGCAGAGACGAGAAGAAGAGAUUAAAACCAAAUCUUCCAAGAAGGCUGUUGAUGCAGAGCAAUCCUUGUUGAAUAGGGCAGCUAGUCCUCAACCAGGUGGGAAUUUAAAAUCCAUGAAGGAUACAAAGCAAGAUAAGAAUGGACAAGCGGAACCUACUUUAAAGACUGCAGGACCUGAGGGGGAGAUAACAGCAGGAUUCUUGUUGAAGAAAAGUGCAAAAGCUAAUGGGUGGAGUAGGAGAUGGUUUGUUUUAAAUGAGAAAACUGGGAAGCUUGGAUACACUAAAAAACAAGAAGAGAGAAAUUUCCGUGGUGUUAUCACUUUGGAAGAAUGUGCUGUAGAAGAAGUUGAAGAGGACGAACCCCCGUCGAAAAGCUCAAAGGAUAAGAAGUCAAAGGUAGAAGAAAAGCCACCUAGUUUGGUCUUCAAGAUAACAAGCAAGGUUGCAUACAAGACUGUGUUAAAAGCUCAUAGCGCUGUCGUGUUAAAGGCUGAGAGUGCUGUAGAUAAGGCGGAGUGGUUAAACAAAAUAAGAGCUGUAAUGGGUGUCAAAGGGGAUGAAGUCAAAUUGAAGCCAGAUGGUCCUCCCAUUCGACAUACGCAUUCAGACGGUUCUCUUGAUACAAUGGCCAGAAAACCAGUAGAUCCAGAGGAAGAACUUCGUUGGAUGGCUCAAGAAGUACGUGGUUAUGUUGAAGCAGUUCUCAACAGCCUUGCAGCCAAUGUCCCAAAGGCAGUUGUUCUUUGCCAAGUAGAAAAGGCUAAAGAAGAUAUGCUCAAUAAACUCUACAGUUCUGUAAGUUCCCAAAGUACAGCGAGGAUAGAGGAGCUGCUUCAAGAGGACGGUAACGUAAAGCGAAAAAGAGAGAAAAUACAGAAGCAAUCCUCCCUGCUCUCUAAACUCACCCGGCAACUCAGCAUUCAUGAUAAUCGAGCAGCUGCUGCUUCAGGCAUGUCAAAUGAUAGUCCUGCAGAAAGUCCAAGAAGUGGUGGUGGUGACUGGAGAUCUGCUUUUGAUUCUGCUGCCAAUGGCCCUACAAAUCUUGACUCUAGAUUUGGAUCCAAUGGUCAUAGCCGCAGGAACAGUGACCCUUCUGAGAACGACGAUGGCCCAGGGUCCAGAUCAAAAUCCGCCGGCCGCCGCACGCCUAACCGAUUGCCGCCAGCUCCACCAGGUUCAGGUUACAGGUUUUAGAUGCUAGUAGUUAAGGAGAAGUUGGAAUUGCUGAUGUAUUCUUCUUGGGAUGACCAUAUCCCUGAUCUGCAUAUUUUGCACUUUCUUGAAAAAAAUUUAUGGUGUGUUUUGUACAGACAUUCAUUGUAGAUAGACAAUGCACUUUGGUAGAUUGGUGGUGUUUUUGAAGUUUAUUAUUAUUUUUUUAAAUUCUGGAGAAUGUAAGUUCCAGUGAUGCUUUAUAAGGUUGGUUGGUUUCGUCAA